GUAACAUGGGACGCAAUGACUUGAUGGGAAUGGAGGGCGAUGCGGGCGUGCGGUGGGCGCUGCUUGAUACCGGGCUAUGGUGGCCUGUGACUUUGUUAGACGCUCCGCCGAAAGAGCUGCGCCACGGUCAGGAAAUCACGGGUGGUCCCACAAUGUACCUCUUCGGAACGCAAUCGUUUACACAAGGAAACAUGAAGACACGUGUGUGGCGGUGCGUCGAGCACAAUCAAAUGGCCUAUGGACAACCUGGGCUGGGGAUUUCUGGCAAGGCGGUGGUUGACCAGUUCGCUGCCGCCAUCGCGGAAGCCGAGGACUAUUGCACGGCAUGGACAAGGACAUCGUCGGCACCGGAACAUUCGUCAAAAAUACCCGCAUUGAUCGUCGACGACAGAGAUGGCGCGUGUGUCUCGGAUGUCGAAAGCCACUUCCGAAUGAUCUCUACCCAUGAAGCUACGUUGGAACAGCACUGGACUUCAUUUGUUAAUCAUCCUGCCCACCAAAACUUGGCAAUGUUGAAAUCGUCGUUGGACUCAACCAUAUCGACGCUGCUGGCAAUCGCUUCAUACCUGUCGGCCAAUGCAUUGGCACGAUCUCCACCCACCACCAUGGCGGCACUUUACUACGCCUUGGUGACGACGAUAUACUUCAACGAGAUGAACGGCGCCUUGAUCACUGCUGUCUCAAACGAGGCCGACCGAACGUUCGUGAGCUCGUAUGUCCGCGUGAUGUUGUGGUCGCUACACUGUGUCAUUCGACCGCAAUUGGAGUCCCAAGUAAUGAAGCAAUGGACUUGCUUGAGCACGUCCGUGCCCGUUGGCAUUUUCAACGCGGCGGCCUCGUUGUGGGGCGCGGUGAAUUGUGCACUCAAGGUCACUACAAACGGCCCAAGCAUAGAUCAACUUAAUAUUGCCAUCAACCACCUGGGCCAAUCGCCUCACCUGAAAUCAAUGAAGCAAUUCCGAGAGCUCCUCAAGACAUACGCGAGGAGUCUCUCCACCAUCGAGCGCGAAUGGAUUUCCCCUUCAGGCAUGUUUCGGUAUCCCUCUGAAAUCUGCGUCCCCCCACUCGGUGAAUUGAGCUGCACGGCGCGGGCGAAUCAUCUAGCUCUGGCCACCUCAACCGUCUCGGCAUUGACCGAAGCCCCCAUGCCUCAUCCCAACCAGGACCAUGCGACAACAUCAACAGUGUCGUUCAAACAAAGAGGCCAGCACGACAUCGAAUCAUCGAAUCUCCAAGGCGCGUCAACUCGGUCAGAGGCAAGCGACAUGCGGCAAGCCAAGGAGUACGUUGUGACGUUUGCAAGUGGACCCCUGGGGCUAAAGCUCGUGAUGGAUUCACUUCGCGUAACUGUCGCGGAAGUACUUCCAGGCACUCAAGCAGAUCGGCAUGGUUUGAUUCAGAAGGGUGACGUGCUGGUCAAAAUCCAAGACGUCGUGGUCAGGGACAACACCAGCAUCGUCCACUGCUUGACCAAACCCAGAGUACGCCCUUUGCAUGUGACGUUUCAUCGCCGAGCUGUAGAAAUGCUCAAAUGAUUUGAACUUGGUGGGAAUAUUGUCCUGUCGU